CUGACACACACUGCAGUGCUAAUAGAAGAAUGUUACUGGAACGUUCUGUGGCAGCGUAUAAAAGCACCGUGGCUUGUUUACUGGUACAGAAGCUUAGAAGAGUUGACCAGCUCAACACAGCACCGAACAUCCAUUGAAAAUGCUUUGCCCAAGCACAUUUCAGCCUCAUCUCAGCCCAUUCAUGGACUUCCACUGGCCAGUGCGCAGUCUCUGGCCCGAGACGAGACCUCUUUUCUUUCAGAUUGAACAAGAAAUGAUGAGGCACAUGCAGGAGAUGAGGCACAACCUGGAGUUCAUGGAACGCCUGCAUCAAAGGAUUUUUGAUGAAAUUGACCACGUUUCACCCAUGACAACUUUCAAACCCAUCUCAUUCCAACUCGGAAAGGAAGGAAACCAAUAUGCAUUAACAUUAGACACAAAGGAUUUCUCUCCAGAGGAGCUGUCUGUCAAACAAGUGGGCAGGAAGUUGCGCGUGAGCGGCAAAACAGAGAAGAAGCAAGAAGAUGGGAAAGGAUCAUACUCGUACAAAUGCCAAGAAUUCAGGCAAGAGUUUGACCUUCCUGAAGGUGUCAGUCCUGAGGCGGUGACCUGUGCUUUACGUAAUGGCCAGCUGCAAAUACAAGCACCUAAAGAAGCUACAUCUACAGGCAAUGAGAGAGUGAUUCCCAUUACGUACACUCCUGCUGUGAAGAAUUCCACUCCACAAAGUCCUGUUCCUCAGAGUCCACAGCUUGAGGGCCAAGCAGCUGAAGCAGAGUCUACAAAUAACUGAGUUUAUUCUCUGUGAACACUGUCAGCAACAACGGAACAAAUGACUCUAUGGAAAACUGAUAUACUGUUCUAAUUUAAAAGAGACUGACUUGUCUCUACCUUUAUUCAUUUUUGAAGUCAAUUACAUUUUGUAGCAUUGUAUUAACAAUUUGUUUGUUGUAUUAACUUGUAUUAACAUUUAGUAGAACAGAAGUCAAAUACUUCAGUUCAGUUCCUCUGAUAGUAUUUAAAUAUUAUAUUAGGUUGUGUCAAAAUUCAAGAGAUGUUCUUGUCUUUUGUGAAUCCAAUACACUAAAAAUCAAAGUUUGGUUUGCUGACCACCACUAUUAUGUAACGCAUGAUUUUUCCACAAGAUAUUAUUAAAUAAUUUAUUAGCGCUACAUUUUUCUCAUAAUUUUCUUAAUUCACAACUUGUAAAAAUAACUUCAUGAUUUUUCCACAAAAUGUAAUUAAAUGACCUGUAUCUCCUGA